AGGUUUAUAUCUACGCCAUUUUGGUUCGAACCACGCGGUUGUAAUAGGAGUGUGGUGUGAAAGUACUAUAAAUAAAUAUAGUUAAAUAUUUAAAUUACUCACACAUUUUGCAUGAAAACGAUAAUGUCGCCCAGUCAACCUUUGCCUCCGAAAGAAAAUACAUUAUUUAAACGCAUUUUGAAAUGUUAUGAACACAAGCAAUAUAAAAAUGGGUUGAAAUUUGCAAAGCAGAUUUUGACGAAUCCAAAAUUUAGUGACCAUGGAGAAACAUUAGCAAUGAAAGGCCUUACUCUUAACUGUUUGGGAAGGAAGGAGGAGGCAUAUGAAUAUGUUAGGAAGGGCCUUAGAAAUGAUUUGAAAAGUCAUGUGUGUUGGCAUGUUUUUGGAUUGCUACAACGAUCCGACCGUAAAUAUGAUGAAGCUAUCAAGUGCUAUAGGAAUGCUUUGAAAUGGGACAAGGACAACAUACAAAUUUUAAGGGACUUGUCUCUUCUUCAAAUCCAGAUGCGAGAUUUAGAAGGUUAUAGGGACACUAGGUAUCAACUAUUUAUUUUAAGACCCACGCAACGAGCAUCUUGGAUAGGUUUUGCCAUGGCAUACCAUUUACUGAAAGACUUUGAAAUGGCUUUGAAAAUUCUAGAGGAGUUUCGGAAAACACAGACAAAACGAGGUUAUGAUUAUGAACAUAGUGAAUUACUUCUAUAUCAAAAUAUGGUUAUGAGAGAAGCUGGGAACUUAGAAGAUGCUCUUAGUCACUUGAACAAAUAUGAAGAACAAAUUUGUGAUAAGUUAAGUGUUAUGGAGACAAAAGCAAAAUUACAUCUAGAUUUAAAUCACUUUAAAGAAGCCAAAGAAAUUUAUACUGAGCUGUUACAAAGGAAUCCUGAAAAUCAUGCAUACUAUGAAGGUGUAGAGAAAGCAACUCAAGCAGUGUCUGUUGAAGAUAAAAUGAAAAUUUAUAUGGAAUUCCAGGAAAAAUUUCCAAGAGCUCAGACUCCUCAACGAAGACCAUUGGAUUUUACUUCAGGUGAACUUUUCAAAUGCUUAGUUGGAAAAUAUAUUCAGAAAGCAUUACAUAAAGGUGUACCACCUCUGUUUGUGGAUUUGCGUCCUCUGUACAAAGACCCUGAAAAGGCACGAAUAAUUGGUGACCUAGUUGUGGGUUAUGUUGAGUGCUUAUCAAAGCAUGAGGUUUUUACGGAAGAUAAAAUAAAUUCAAAAGAAAAAGAACCAGCUACUGCUCUUUUGUGGGCCUAUUAUUAUCUAGCUCAGCAUUUUGACUACCUGGGAAGUACUUCUAAAGCUUUAGAAUAUAUAAAUACAGCAAUAGAUCACACUCCUACUUUAAUUGAAUUGUUCUUAGCUAAAGCAAGGUUUUACAAACACUCAGGCGAUAUCCAGGAGGCUGUUCAUUGUUUAGAUGAAGCACAAGCUCUUGAUACUGCUGAUCGAUAUAUUAAUUCCAAAUGUGCCAAAUAUAUGUUAAGAGCCAAUCUGGUGAAAGAAGCAGAGGAAAUGUGUUCAAAAUUCACCAGAGAAGGUGUGUCAUCAAUGGAAAACCUAAAUGAGAUGCAGUGUAUGUGGUUUCAAACAGAAUGUGCGUUAGCAUAUCAAAGGUUAGGAAGAUGGGGAGAUGCUUUGAAGAAAUGCCAUGAAAUUGAUAGGCAUUUUGCAGAAAUAAUAGAAGAUCAAUUCGACUUCCAUACCUAUUGUAUGCGGAAAAUGACACUUAGAGCAUAUGUUGGAUUGCUAAGAUUAGAAGAUGUUCUUCAAUCGCAUCCUUUUUAUUUUAAAGCUGCUAAAGUUGCAAUAGAUGUUUACUUGAGAUUAUAUGAUAAACCACUAACAGAAAAUGAAAUAUCUGAAGAAAUUACUACUGCUAACAUGGCACCAGCAGAACUGAAAAAGUAUCGAAAUAAGCAGCGUAAAGCUCGUAAACGUGCAGAAUUGGAAAAGGAGAAACAAAAUGCUGCUCAAGAAAAGCGUGAACAGCAUAUUAAAUCUCGGCAGCAACAAGAUGGUGAAACUGAUGGUGUUAAAGAAGAAGAAUUGGUUCCGGAAAAACUAGCAAAAACUGAUGAUCCAUUAGGUCAAGCUAUAAAAUUUCUCAGGCCUCUUCAGAAUUUAGCAUCUGAAAGAAUAGAAACUCAUUUAUUAGCCUUUGAGAUCUAUAUCAGAAAAGACAAACUAUUAUUAAUGCUUCAGUCUAUCAAAAGAGCUUGGUUGAUUGAUCCUAACCAUCCUAAAUUACAUUCAAAUUUAAUACGCUUCUGUAAUAUAGUUUCAAGUAGAAAAGAAAUCCCUGCGCCUGUGCAAACCGUCCUUGAUCAGGAGAUGGAAAAGAUUUAUAAACACAAAAGUGCUCAUGAACUUAAUGAAGAAUUUUUAGCUCAGUUUUCCAAUUCAUUGCCUCAUCUUCUGCAAGGUGCUCGAAUGAAGUAUUGCCUUGAUAAACAGUCGCAAGAAAAAGCUCUUAGUUAUGUGACAAAUUUUAACAAUCAGAUUCAAGGAGUUACUAUAGAAAGUUGUAUUGAAGUACUGGAAGCUAUGCGAAAUGGUGAUCUUGGCUCCUGUGAUAAAGAAAUGGCCUCCUUCCUAAAAAAAUGCCAAGAACUCUUUCCAUAUGCAACAGUCUUCAGACAAGCUCAUGAGAACAAUGUGGGUCCAACUACCAAUUCUGUUGCUAACCAUGUAGACAGUUUACCAAAAGAGGAAUAAUAGUGUUUAUAUAUUAGUACUUGCAAUCCAUUUCUGGACCCAGGUCAUUCUCUUCUUGAACUCUGAUCCUCCAAAUAAGCAGCUUCAGACAAAUCCGAGAACACAUGUGAAUAGCUUUCGACCCUCGAACGAUGCUCGGGUUUUCAAGUGGGGAGUUACCUGCCACGCCUGGUCUCACCGCCAAGACGUUUUUCGGAAUGGAUGACACAUAGAAAUAGUUUUUUAAAAAGAACUCCAAGCUGUUGGUGACCUCAAGGCUCUUUGCCAUAAUGCAAGACUUUUUUUUUUCUUUUUUAAUGUUCCGUUGAAAAGGAAUACUCUUAUAGCAUCUUUAAUAUUGGAGUGUUCUUACUGUGUUGAGGAAAAUGAACUGAUAUUUGGAGGUGUGAUUGAAUUUUGCUAGUCUCUUGUGACAAAAAAAAAUGAAUUUCAUGAACUCUUAGUUCAAGUGAAUGCCCAAAAGUCUUGUGGCUACUAGAUCAGUAUUUGUAUUGUUGAAUGCAUUUGUGCAAAUGAUUAUGGAUGAUACAUUUUGGCCUUGAUGUUUCUGUAAUGUUACAUAUACCUCUCAAAUGGCAAUUUUUGGAAGGAAAAAAAAUGUGUGUAUUUUUUUACAAUUAAUGAAAUGAAAUCCUUAUUUUUAAAAUGCUUUUUAAUUUUCUUGAUUUUCAUCUCAUACACCUUCAGUGAAUAAAAUGAGAAGCAAGAAAUUAUUUUCAGGUUAAAUGUAAGAUUUUGUCCUUUUGUAAUUUAUUGUAAAAUCUGUGUGUGUUGUGAACUUUUUUAAGUUUGUGUUUUGUAUGCUUUUUUGAUGCUGAUUCAAACGGCUUCAAGAAAUAAAUCGCUUGGAAGUUCUUAGUGUGUAGUACUUUAGCUGUGUGUUGUUUUUUUUUUUUUUGGAGUGUGCAUGUUGUUUCAUAAGCAUUUGCCACAAGUGCAUUCAUGGUACAUUUUAUACAACUGAGCAUGGUCUGGUAAAUAAACUGUUACUUAUAAUAAACCUUAUUUUUUUAUUCUACCAUCUACUUCUUGUUGCUGUUUCAUCGAUAGUUGAGAUAAUAUCAAUGCCAAAAAUGCUUCGAAAGAAACUGUGGUCCUUUCUUGUUUUUAAAUAUUUCUGAAAGCAAACUGUUCCUCACACUGCUGUUGAUUUUCUGUCAUUUUCUACAAGGAGCCUGCUUAAGACAGGUGCUGAUGCUAAUUAGUAUUGUAUGAAUUUUAAAGUAACAAAAUAAAUGAGUAAAUAAAAAAGUUCUAUCUAUUUUUUUUAGUUGAAAAUAUGUUUGAGGUGUUUUUUAAGAGAUACUGAAAAGCAGAUUUAAGGAGAAUUUUCACUUUGCAACGAAGUUUAUCUCUAUUUAUUUUAAUAUAAUAAUUAAUUGAACUUUGAAACAUACAUAAAAUAAAAUUCUUAACUUUCUUUUUAAAAAUUCUUGAUACCCCUCAACCUUUUUGAAUGCACUUUUAUUUUAAAUUCUUCAAUUAGAAGCCUAACAUUGGUGGAGUAUUCCCUUAAUUUUUAAAAGAAUGAUUCUUAAUUUAAAAACAAGUUCAAAAUAAAAUAACACAUUAACUGCCACUCUAGAUAAAGAAGAUUGAUAAAUGGGUUUAUGGUAUUUUGUAUUGAAAAAAAUAAAGUGGCAUGUGAGUUACAUAUCCUUCAUGAGGCCCUGAUGUCAAAAAUAGCAUGAGUUAAAUACAACUUUCAUGGCGAUUAAUAUAUUUAUAUGUUUAAUCCCGGGUAUUUUUGAUUUGUUCAAAUUACUCAUGUCUGGCAGAUGAUAUAUCGUGAAAUUAUAUAUAUUUAUUUUUAGAAUAAUUUCAUUCUUUUUAAUUUAUUUUCAUACAGUCUCUCCUGCUAAAUACUGAGUUGUUUGUCCUUGUGUCUUAGUUAUGAACUUCUCAUAUUUAGCUUGAUUUUGAUGCAGUUGAAUUCAUACUUAAUUUUAGCUAUGUAAUUUGUAUGUGAAUCAACUAAUUAUUUAAUGAAAUUUGUAGUAUUUGUUUUAAAAAGAAACAGGAACAAAAGUUUAUUUGCUAGAUUUAUAAAGAAUAACAGACUACAUACUCAGCCUAAAUUUUCAAUUAGCAUCUGUGAUGAAUUGAAAGAUUUUGAAUAAUAAUAUUGAGAAUCUUUUUGUAUUAAUUUGAAGCAAUAAAUUAAUAAACCAAAUGCAAGCAAUAAGCUUUUCUUGUUGAUUCCAGAUAUGUGAGAUGAAUUGCAUAUUGUUCUAAAUUUUGUAAUAAGUAGAGCAAUUGUAUUAUAUAUAUAUAUAUCAUGAGUGUCAUCAUCAUUUAAAAUAGACAUAGGUGGGAAAAAUAAGUAAAUUUGUCAGCAAAAUAAUAUGUUAGUAUUUAAUGCCUUUAUGACAGUUGCUCAUGUUUAUUGUACUGAAUUAUUUUCACAUUGUAUUGCAUUUUUAUCCGUGUUGCUUGAUAUAUUCACAUAUAUCAUUGAGCUUUUUUUGUAGACAAUUUCAGUUUAUGAAAAAAAAAUAUUUCUAUUACUUACUAUCUUCAUUUAGCAUUUCAAUUACAACAGAUUAAUAUAUUUUAUGGUGCAAAGUUGAUUAUAAGCAAGGCUUAUCUAUCUAAAAUUCAAACAAGUAUUUUUAUAGUGUAGCAUCCCAACCUGGUUUUGUGUUGUAUUUUAUAAUCUUCAACUGAAUAGCCAGCUUGUUAUAUGACUCUGCUCUAUUGAGAAACGAGCAUGGUGUUCGUAAAGUAGAAUUAAAAAACAUUUAUAAAAAUAGAAAUGAUUGCACAUUAAUAUAUAGGUAGAAAAGCAAAAUUUUAAUAUUUAGUCAUUGACUAAAUAUUAGUUUACCAAAAUUCGGUUAAUUUUUUUUUUUUUUUUUUUUUUUACAAACAUUUUUAGAGAAUAACUUAUAUCUACAUUGCUAAGUAUUUUUGCUUGUUUGUAAUAAAGAAUCUUAUGAGCUCAUGGACAUUUGAGGGUUUUGCAAUCUUAAAAUUUAUAUAUACUGGCCCACUUCAAGUCUAGACUAUGAUUUAAAAAGUUUCUGGUUACCAUGAUAGAUCUGCAUUAUAAAUAACCAAACAUUUUUUCUUUAUAUGCAUGUUAUGAGACUAAUACUGAAAUCUAAAUAAUCCAUCACUUAGACAAUUAUCAGUUCAUUGCGUAAUUGAUAUUUUUAAGUUAAUAUGGUUUAAAGAGAGAACAUUGAGGUCUGUCCUCAUUAGAAUUAAUAAAUAGCCAAUUAAGUUGAUUAUUAAGUACAUGUGACGUAUAUAAGAUGAUGAUUUAACUAUAAUGUGACAUACACUAAUAAUUUGAAAGACGUAGAAUAUUACUCGAAAAAUUCAAUCUAACUUUCAAAAGUGUAUGCAUGUUUUAAGUUUUAAAAAAAAUGACAUGUUUAGCUGCUUUAUUAGAAAUUGAAAUAUAUUAUUUAAAGUUUAUUCUUUUGUUAAACUUGAAAGUAAUUUAUUAACUUUUAAUUGAAAAAAGUAUAAUUAUGAAGAAAUCAUUUAAAAAAUGAUUAUUUUUAUUAAUAGUUAACCCAGUUAUUUUUAUUUAAUAAUCAGAUAUUAAAUGAACUCUUUAAAAAGUUCUUGUACUUUUUUAAUAUCAGUUUACUUCAACAUUCUUUAAUUAAUAUAAUUGAAAAAUAUCAGCUUUAUAGAAAAUUAACUGAAUAAUUUAAGAAAUAAGAUUUAAUUAAAUAUAUAAUAUAUAUUAGAGGUAAUAAAUGUUUAAUUCAUUUAAAAUUAUGUAAUCCUAGCAGUUAUUGUUUGUGUGAAUUUUGAAGAAAUUAGAGUAAAAAUUAUUAGAAUCACUUGAGAAAUUGCCAAUCUUACAGAAGCAACCUUAAAACUCAUGAUAAUCUUAGAGGAAUUCCUUCACUUAGUCAUUCUAGAGAAGGUAAACAAAAACAAAGUUAUUUGAUAUUUCAUUAUUAGGAUAUUUAAAAGUGGUUGAAAAAAAUGUCAAUGUUUCUUGACCUUUUUACUCUUUAUCACAUGAAUUGUAUUUGAACUUAAGAAUUUUGUAUUAAAAAAAACAAUGAGCAACUACAAAAUGUUGUUUGCAUUUGAAUUCUUUGUUUCUUAAUUGUUGUGACACUAUUUUAUUUAAAAUUUAAACAUAAACUGUUACUUAGUAACUGUAAAGAAUAACAUUGAAUUCUGUCUCGGAAAUUAUAUAUGAAUAGUUAUAAUUGCUGUUCUAAUUAGAUUUAUUAUCUAGAGAAGCAAAAUAGAUUUUCAAAUUUUAUGAAAUUGAUUUUUUUUUUAAAUGAAUUAAUAAAAAAAAUAUUGUGAUUUUAAUAUUAACUUUCAUUUUUUGUUCAAAAUAAUUCACUGCAUUAAUGCACAAUACCUGCAUACAACAAAAAUUCAUACAACAUUUAAAGUCUAUAAGUCCUUCAAGUCUUAUCUAAAAACAUUACACUUGCAUGUAUUUUACAACUAUAUUUUUGUGGGUGAAAUAUAUAAUAUUUUCAUGAUUUAUACCUCAUAUUUAAGUUAUCUUUCUCGUAUUCUGAAUAAUAGUUUAAAUUCACUUAGAAGAAGAAGAAUUUAAAUCCACAUAUAACCCUAAGCUAGAGUUUUUUUCCCCCUUUACAUUAAGAGGUUUUUGAUUUCUUAAAAAAAAAUGUGAAUGUAUUUAUUAUUUUAAACCUGAUUUUUAUUAUGUAAUAAAUUCAUAAACUAUUAAUACUUGUUUGAAUUUUUAUGGAAAACCUUGAUUUUCAUGUGUCGCAAUAGUUUGGUUGUUGCAAUUAGGCAUUUAUUUGCGGGUUUUCUCUUUAAACAAUAAUUAAAAUUGAAACCGUUUUUGUGCAACUGGAACAAAGAAUGUUUAAUUCUAGCUCAUAUUUUGAUUCAGGGUUGGUUUUUACUCUAUGAAUAUCUAUGCAAUAUAUAUAUUAAAUAUAUUAGAGAUAUUUUUAAGAUAUGCGUUUUAGCCAUAUACAUCUCAGACUAUAUACAGGUUGAAUAUACAUUCGCUUGAUUUAUUUACAGUAUUCUUAUAGAAGAAUUGAUAAUAGUUCAAAUGUUCUUUUUAUAAUAGUAUUUUACAAUUUAUUAAAAUUGUAGCUUUUGCAAAUCACACCGCUUUACCAUAUUGUAAAAGAGACCACAAUGCAUUUUCAGUUCUGUUUUAUUUAAUGAAUUUGCAGUCAAUGGCUAAAGGUGUAAUAUUUGACUGUUAAUUUUCCUGGCUUUUGUCCUUUGCUGAUAUUUAAAUUUGAAAAGAAAAAAAAG